GGUUCUGUACAUUGGCCUGGCCUGUAAUACAGCUCGCUAUAUUUAUAUUUCCUACCUGGAAAAUGCCUGGACUGUCCUCCCCAUGGAAGUUCUUCAAGGAGUGACACAUGCAGCAAUCUGGGCAGCAUGCAUUUCUUACCUCAGUGCUGCUGUUCCCCCUGAGCUGAGGACAUCUGCUCAGGGAAUCCUGCAGGGCCUUCACCUGGGUUUGGGGAGAGGAUGUGGUGCCAUGAUUGGAGGCGUAUUAGUCAAUUAUUUUGGGGCUGCUGCAACCUUCCGAGGAAUUGGCAUGGCCUGUCUGGUGAUCCUCCUGCUCUUUGCCCUGAUCCAGUGGCUGGCAGUACCAGACGAAGAGGAAGACAAGACAAUGUUGGCAGAAAGGAUUCCUGUUCCCUCCAGUCCUGUUCCCAUAGCAACCAUCGACUUGGUACAGCAACAGACAGAAGAUGUCAUGCAGCGUAUUGAGCCCAGACUUCCGCCCAAGAAAACCAAACACCAGGAAGAACAGGAGGAUGUGAAUAAACCAGCCUGGGGAGUCAGCUCUUCUCCCUGGGUGACCUUUGUCUACGCACUCUACCAAGUUAAAGAGUUGAUCCAAUUGACAAGAGACAAUCGUGCUUCUGAGAUACAGCCUUUACAGGAGACCAGUGAGAAUUGGGAAAAUUCUCCAGCUGGCAGAGUCCAGCAUAUCCCUUGUGAAACUCAUUCUGACCCACCUGUGAACCAGCCAUCCCCUGACGCAGCAGCAUCUCAGACGCAGACAAGUCCCGCUCACCCCACUGUGGCCCCACGUGUGGAAGAGAGUGAGGAGCAGCAGGCGCAGCCCACCACGGGAGGACACUAGGGUGUCCUGCUCAUCUCACAUCCUGCAUGGACCUGGGCUCUUUGACCAGGACGCAGAGGGCGAGGUCCCUAAUAGAGAUCACACCUCCCCAGAGGAGCAUAGCACUGCAUACGCUUCUAAAUAUCUAAGCUCAUUAAUGUGGAAGCACCACACACACACACACACACACACACACA